AUGCAAGACGAUAAAGGCUUCUCUUCCAUAACUCUUCAUCAAGAGCAUCUCGAAAGACUCUACACGCCCGAUAUAGAUCCUUUGCUCAAGCGUGGUGUUCAGCAUGAAAUUAGAAAACUUAUCGUCGUCAAUGUAACCAAAUUACUUGCCUGCGUAGCUACUCUUGUCAUUCAUAUCGAAUUUAAAAAGGCUCGCCAAAAUCACAAAUAUGAACGCGAUAAAUUGGGCCAUUCUAUAUUUGGAAUGAUUUUACUUAUUUUUGGUAUUUUGAAUGCAAUAUUUGAUCUUACUUUGGCCAUUUACGAACAUUUGCGACAGCGGCAACGACAAGACAAAAUGAUUCAAUACCAACGUUGGGAUUAUAUACAUCUAAUAAUUAAUAUUAUCGGCUUUAUCGUCUUUUUGAUCUUUCUUAUUUUUGAAUUUAUAUCGUGCUCUAGUGCAGUUCAGGAAACUACGCAGCUAUGCAGCGGCUUUCAACUCAUCCGCAUUUUGCUACUUCUACUAGUUGUCGUAGGUUACACGCUGUGUGUUAUGUGGAGUCCGUUUCUGGUUUGGAGUCCAAAAUACAGAUUUUCUGGUGUCGUUCUCUUCUUCUCGUCCACAAUUCUCAUUUGUAUAUCUAUUGUAGCAUUCAUUUUAAAUAAGCGAAUGCAUUUCUUUCAUACCAUCAUGGAACACAAUCGUCUUGUACCACUAUGGUGUUAUAAAAUAUCUCAACUAAGUGCCAGUUAUACAGUAGCGUUGGGAAGUCUUGGUAUUAGUCUUGCAUUCAUUUAUGGAAAAGGAAAUCGGCUAAGCGCAUUUCGAGGUGUUAUUCGAUAUAUUUUCUAUUUUGCAUGGAUCAUUGGUAUUAUGAUCGUCACCGCUUCCACUCUCAUUCACCGAUUGUACGAUAAAGUUCCCUAUGACAAGAGCAAGUCAAAUCAUGUGAAUAGUAUAAUGCAUGCAGAUAGAGUACUGUCAAUUCUACGAUGUUUCCUGUUAAUACUUAUAAUCAAGUCUUUGCGCAAUUUAAGAAAGCUUAACCGAUUCAAUCAGAAUGGAUUAAAAGCUCAAAGAAUUCAAUUGAGCAAACAAUCUCCUGCCUAUAUUAAAUAUCUAGCGGCAACCAUCGAUGCAUGCAAUCAAUCACCGGACGGAAUGACUGGGCAUGCUGCUUUGCAACUGAUGAUAGCCUAUGAGGAAGGUCAAUUGGAGAAUGUGUCUUGUAUUGUCUUGCGUAUGACUAGGCCUGCUCGACGAUCUCAAGCUCUUGUCGAUGAUAAAGAUGAUACUGAAGCUCUUGCAUUGAUUACGGUUAUACAUAAUUAUGACACGUCUCUAUCGGCUAUUUCUCAAGGUUUUUGGAGUCGUAUACUUGCACGUACACUGGGUUCUCAGAACUGUAUACCAUUUUUUCGUCCGCUCGUUCUUCAGCUAGGUUUACUUGGAUAUCAAUGGCCGUUUCGAACAGGUAUCUUCCACACAAAGGUUCUCGAUGAUUCUGUAUCUCGCUCAGCUGAAAUACUUCAAAGCAUAAUCGAAUGGAAUGAAAUGCAACACUCCAGUAUCCAUUGCGAUGUUCUCCUUUUGCCCUCACUUAAUACUGAGCCAAUAGCCAGAGCUAUUAAAGCUGGCGGCUUUUUAGAGAUAUCUCUACCAUCUACACAUAUGCUUGAUUUACGACCGCAUCAUGGUAAAACAUGGAAACAAUAUGUGAAAACAUUAAAAAGAACUAAUCGUCGACCUUAUCUUGAGAGAUUUAUCGAACAAGGUGGUGUCAUAGAAGAGAUUCAUGAUUUAAGUAGAACUGAAGUGGGUGCAAUGGUCUGUCACCAAUGGGAUUAUAUUGCACGAUUUCGAAACGAAAGAAAUGAACCACGAACUUUGGCACGGCCCAAUUCACAAUUUAUCACAUCUUUGGGUGCUUCAAUGAUCGAACCAUACCGCUCAGUUGUAUUUCUGCGUCUAAAUAAUGAAGUUAUCGGCAGCUCUGUUAUUUUCAGAUUUCCCAAUAAACUCCUCACAACCGAUCUUCAUGGACACAAUCAUGAAACAUCUCGGCCAGUUAAAGGAUAUUUUGUUAUGCUUCAAUGGACAAUUAAAGAUGCACUAGAGAAAAAUUUUGACUUCAUAGACUUUGGUCCUACAACACCAGGGCCAAAAAUGGAUCUAGGCUGUAUUCAGCUGCCUCUUCAAGGCGGUGCCUAUUGUGGAAAUCCUAUUAUUAGUUACGGUAUCAGCAAAAUUAGUCAAAGAGUAGAUAUUAUCCACAUGAAAAAGGAAGAUUCAAAACCGAACGAUCCACAAGAAGCGACAAAAGGAAAUAUACCGGGUGCAGCUCAGGUUAGUUCUCUAACAAAAGAAAAUCGAAAAGCGAUGGCUGAUAUUCAUCAUUGUCACGCUUCUGGCAAUGAUUCUUAUGUAGUCGAAGCGCAGGAUUCUACGGAGAGAAAAGUUUCAGCAUCUGCAGCAGUAAUUUCACAGCUAGACAAUGUUAAUAAUUUAAUGCUCAACAGUACUGGUUGUAGCUUGGUUCGUGACAAUGAGAUAGAGUUAUCAGACAAAGAGAUGUUGUGUCCUUCAAAAAGCUCUCAAUCAAUAAAAGAGAAAAAACCCGUUGGAUCUACUAACAACCACGAAUCUCGGCGAAACCCGCCGAACAAACGCAAGUCAUCAAAGAUCAAGAAUCAAGCAAAAGCAGCAAAUCAAGAAGUCCUUCUUCCAACAGAUGAUGAAACAGUCCUCAACGAACCCAAGUCUCCUAAUGCAAAAGUGAAAGUACAUACGCCGUCUGAGGUAAACAAAUCCAACGGAAAACCAUCAGCUGCAUCUCGUAAUCGACCUCAAAAUUCCAAUUCAACAACGAAAACGAAUCAAAAUAAAGCAAGUAACAGCGAAAUGACCGAUAAAGGUGUAUUUAAUACAGAAGAUUCUUGCAAGAGACAACAACAUCAAACAACAACAAAUUUGGAUAGGACACAAUGGGAAAAUAAUCCGGUUCACAAUCUUACAUGUUUGAUUCAUUUAUCUACGAUCAAUCACAGUAACGAGUCGCUUUAA